CCGGAAGUGGGUUGCCCACAGACGCUCCCCCUGGGCCACAGAGUAGUUCUCAUUCCCUUGAAUCCCUUCUUCCAGGAGAAGGCCUUUCUCUCUGUCUCCUUGACCUCCGGGAGUUGCAGCAGAACAGCUUAGAGAAACCUUUGCCUUGAGACGGAAGGAGAAGCAAUAACUUUCAUCUUAUUUGUGGCUUCACUGACAUAAAAAAAACACCAAAGAUGCAUGAUCCAGAUAUAGCUGGCCCUAAAGCAGGAAGGAGCCUUGAUAGCAUCAGCACCAAGACCAGUGGGGAAUUGUGGGAGAGGACAAUCCAGAGGUUGCUGGGCGAGGACCUUGCCAGCUCGGACGUGCAACGGCAGCGCUUCAGGCAGUUCUCCUUUGAGGAGGGUGAGAGCCCCCGAGAAGUUUGCAGCCGACUCCACCAUCUGUGCCAUCAGUGGCUGAAGCCAGAGCGCCACACAAAAACUGAGAUCCUGGACCUGGUGAUCCUGGAGCAGUUCCUGGCCAUCCUGCCCCCCGAGAUGGAGAAGUGGAUCAGGGAAUGUGGGGCAGAGACCUGCUCCCAGGCAUUGGCUCUGGCAGAGGGUUUCAUCCUGAGUCAAGCAGAGGCAGAGAAAAAUCCAAAAGAGCUGCAGGUGGGAGCAUCUCCUCCUGGUGCAAAGGUCAAAAAUCUUUCGGUAGUUUGCUCUGAAUUCCCUGUGGCAGACGGGGCUCCAUUAGACAUGAGAAGGUGUCCCCAAUGGAGGGAGAUCAAGCAAGAGGGCAAUGAAGGGGCCCCCUCACAAGGUAAGAAUGAACACUUUUGAACA